UAAUAAUACUAAAAAAGGACAUUGUGAAUAGUAAAAGUAAAUAAAAUAUAUAAUGAAAGUUGAUAACUAUAAUGAUAUGUUGAAUGUGGGUGAAGUAAAAGAGCACGCAGCGUUCCACACACGCCAGUGCCAAAAAUAAAAAAAUUUAAUUAUAAAAAAUAAAAAAAUAAAAAAUUUGCACUGGCGUGCGUGGCACGCCGUGUGCUGUAUAUCACGGUCCGUUGAAUGUAGGUGGUAUAAGAAAGUUGGAAGAGAAAAUAAAAAGAUAAAACAAAAUGUGUUCUAUAGCCUACUAUUUGCCUAUGUGAAUGCUCCCAAAAUGUGGGUCACAUAGAGGAUCUUAUCUCCUAUAUAUAUAGAGGGAAAAUGUAUGCUUUCUUCCUCACAAAUCAUUAAUUGCUAGAGGCCAUUGCUGAAGAACCCUAUUCAGUUCGAAGACAAUGGCUUUGGCACUAGGGAAGAAAGUUUUCAUUGUCAUGUUGACAAUUUUGGGGAGUUGGGCAUCUCAAGCCACCUCCCACACAUUGCAAGUAGCAGCUUCCAUGGCUGAGAGACACAAGGAAUGGAUGGCUCAGUAUGAUCGCAAGUAUUCAGACGAUGCAGAGAAAGAAAGCAGGUUCAAGAUAUUCAAAGAAAAUGCAGAAUUUGUAGAGAAAGUCAACAACGAAGGGAAUCACACUUACAAGUUAAGUCUCAAUGCAUUUGCAGACUUAACAACUGAAGAAUUCAUUGCCUCUCGAACUGGAUACAAGAUCACCAAUCAGUCAAGGUCCACCAAUGUUAGCACAUCAUUUAGGUAUGAAAACCUGAGUGAAAUUCCAAUGACUAUGGAUUGGAGAGAGCAAGGAGCUGUCACCCCUGUUAAGGACCAAGGCCAAUGUGGAUGUUGUUGGGCGUUUUCAGCGGUGGCAGCGGUAGAGGGGAUCACCAAGAUCAAAACUGGCAAUUUGAUCUCCCUGUCUGAGCAACAACUGCUAGACUGUGACAACAAUGACAAAAAUGGCUGCCAUGGCGGUCUCAUGGAUAAUGCAUUUACAUAUAUAAUACAAAACAAAGGACUCACCACUGAAACAAAUUACCCAUAUUAUGCUGAGGAGAGAGCUUGUGACAUGCAGAAGGCGUCUUAUUAUGAAGCUCAAAUCAGUGGUUUUGAAGAUGUACCUGCUAAUGAUGAGGAGGCAUUGCUUAAGGCCGUGGCCGGCCAACCCGUCUCAGUUGCCAUUGAUGGUUACGGACCAGCCUUUCAACACUAUUCAAGCGGGGUCUUCAGUGGAGAAUGUACAACUAGCCUAAACCAUGCUGUUACUGUAAUUGGGUACGGAACGACUGAAGAUGGUACCAAGUACUGGUUAGCGAAGAAUUCAUGGGGCGAGACAUGGGGAGAGGGUGGGUACAUAAGGAUUCAAAGAGAUGUUGGUGCACCAGAAGGUCUGUGUGGCAUUGCCAAGCAAGCUUCCUAUCCAGUAAUUGCUUAGGUACUGCAAAGGUCGAUGUAUUGUGUACCUAGCUAUAAGCAUUGCUAGCUCUCUCUUUUCCUAUAUGCAGGUUUAAUGCUCUGGGCUGUGAAAAUGCCUGUAUUGCUGCUUCUAUUCUGUCAUCAAAAUCUGUAUUGCUCUCUAUUUUAAUAUUUAUAUGCACUGGCCUAUAACCUGUGCAAUAUAUGCAAGGGUUUUUCACUAUAAUUUAAUUUUAAAGUUUAUUAUUA